AGGAAUUCUAGAGGAAUUGGAAAAGCAGUGGCUUUGGCAUUGGGUAAAGCUGGGUGUAAGGUCCUUGUGAACUAUGCACGCUCAUCCAAGGAGGCUGAAGAAGUUUCAAAACAAAUUGAGGCAUCUGGAGGUCAAGGCCUCACCUUUGGAGGAGAUGUUUCAAAAGAAGCUGAUGUGGAAGCUAUGAUCAAAACUGCUGUAGAUGCAUGGGGAACAGUAGAUAUAUUGAUCAACAAUGCAGGAAUUACAAGAGAUACUUUACUAAUGAGGAUGAAGAAAUCUCAAUGGCAAGAAGUAAUUGAUCUGAACCUUACAGGCGUCUUCCUAUGUACGCAGGCUGCAGCUAAAAUAAUGAUGAAGAAAAAAAAGGGAAGGAUUAUAAACAUAUCUUCUGUUGUUGGCCUUGUUGGCAAUAUUGGUCAGGCAAACUAUAGUGCUGCAAAAGCAGGGGUCAUUGGUUUAACUAAAUCUGUCGCUAGAGAAUAUGCAAGCAGAAAUAUCAAUGUGAAUGCUGUCGCUCCUGGGUUCAUUUCUUCUGAUAUGACUGUCAAGCUUGGAGAAGACAUUGAGAAAAAAAUCUUGCAGACAAUCCCCUUAGGGAGAUACGGGCAACCAGAAGAAGUUGCUGGUUUGGUGGAAUUUUUGGCUCUUAGUCCUGCUGCAAGCUACAUAACUGGACAGGUUUUUACAAUUGAUGGUGGGAUGGUGAUGUGAGCAGAUUUUGUGCUCUGGUUUCUGCUGUGCAACUCAUUGUAAUUUCUGUUGUGAAUGAGGAUAUUUACGAGGCCAUGAACAAUUUUGAUUUGUUUGCGUUUAGUUAUAGAUGCCCUAAGUCAUUCAUAUAAACUUUAUUGGAAGGAAAAUGUUGAGAAUGUUUUAUUUCUAAGUUAUGCUGGAUGGGUCUAAAAAAAGAUUAGUAUAAUA